ACAACCUGGAGAGCUUCUUACAUCAGCACUCUUUGUCUGUCAGCUCCACUCUCCACAUCUGUCAUAUUUGUCAUCCUCUGAAGAACUGAAGAACAGCUCCAGCAUGAAUCUCUUCUGUUUCUCUCUGGAGGGCUCCAUGGACAGUCUGUAUGAGGUGGUGAGGGACGGUGGAGAGAUGCAUGUCUACACCAUCCCCAGCAGAUCCAGCAGCUCGGCUGGCCUUCUAAACCACAGCGCUCAGUGUACAAGAGCCACGUCUGUGGAUAUUUCACAAAUCAACUCCACUAAUUCCAAGAAGAAGAAAAGCAGGCAAUUCCUGAACUCUAUCUCUGAAAACAAUGCUUUGGUCAGGAGCAUGAAGCAAGCUGAUUUCUGUAGCAAGAAAGAAAAACACCAUCACACAUACUCUAACCAGAGAGAAAACGAGCUUCCUGUGCAGAAGGGUUGCAGUGAUGCGUGGAGUCUGCAAGAGCAGCAGAUAAUGUCUCAGACAGAGGUAGGAGAUGUACCAGGAAACAUAAAAACGACACAGAAAUCUCAGCAUGGCAGACAUGAGACAGGAACAUCAGCUACAAUAAAUGCUAACUCACCAAGCAUGGUGCCAGUUGGAGAUAGACACGCCAUCCCACUUUUCCAGGAAAAUUCCAGUCUUUUCAUGAGACAGAGACAGAUCCGUGACCGCUGGAGUAACCCUACAGACCAUUUCCAGGCCUGGACACCAAACCAGCACAUUUGCCGUCGACCGCUCACUGAGUACCACAUCCAUACCCAGGAUUUCACCUUAAACAGUGCGGCUGAUGGUCAAAGCUGGAAUAAAGUGUCCUCACCUCCGGGAAUAGUGCGCUCCAUCACCAGCAUGGAUCUGCGUGCCACUGACGUAAGUGGUAACUUCUGUACAAGACUAAUUAUGUUUACGCGCUUGUCUCCAAAUAGUCUUUUAAAAAAAAGUAAGGCCAUGCUUCAAAGGGCAGCUUCAAACGUCUCAGACAAACCUAAAAACAUCAAACCAAAGAGAUCCACCAGUUUUGGAAAGUUUGACAGCUUCAGGUAUCCGCACUCACCUGCCAGGCUUGAGGAAGAUGGAACAACUCAGGCUGAGGGUGAGUCAGGAGUGGAGAGGAAAGACAAGCAGCACAGUUUGGGGAAAAAGAUGAAGGCAAUCGCACUGACUAUGAGGAGAGGCAAGAAGCAUGUCAAGUCCUGUUCUGAGGAUGCGGGUGACGACACAGACCGAGAAACAGAAGGAGGUACAGAAAGCAGCUCUCAGCUGGGGAAAACUCCAAACCACUCGAGUAACCCGUUAGAAAGUCUUUCCAAUGGACAGAGCUCUUCCAGUGCCAUUACCAGCAGCUUGGACGUGUCCAGUAACCGAGACAGCCUGAGGUUGGAUGAGGACGUGUCCUACACAGGGCCGUUUUGUGGACGAGCCCGAGUGCACACAGACUUCGUCCCCAGUCCGUAUGACACGGACUCGCUCAAGCUCAAGGUCGGCGAUAUUAUCAAUAUCAUAAGCAAACCCCCUAUGGGAAUAUGGACAGGCAUGCUGAACAAUAAAGUAGGAAAUUUCAAGUUUAUCUAUGUGAAUGUGCUGCCUGAGAAUGAAAAAGAUGAAGAAGAAGAGGAGGAGAAGGAGGAGGAAGAGGCUCUUAAGAUCAGGCCUCAAAGACUGUCCAAAAGACCUCGACCCAAAACACUACAGGAAUUACUAGAAAGGUUGCAUUUAGAGGAACACGCCUCGACUUUGCACUUGAAUGGCUACCAGUCAGUGGAUGACCUGAAGCACUUGAAAGAGAAGCAUCUGAUUGAGCUGAACAUCACAGAUCCUGAGCACAGACGCAAACUACUCGCUGCCUCAGAGGUCAUCUAUGACAUGGGCCGGGGCGAGCCGGACGAGGGGAAGGGUGAGGAGGACGACGACGACGAGGAGGAGGCGAGCGACUGUCCUCGAGACUCGGGCUGUUUCAUCCCAAAGGAGUGUGCAGACACGAGCAGAGAGGACGCCGACAUUCAUUAACGUCUCUCCUCUCUGAAUUGAUCUAUGAGGAUUUAUAACUACUCACAAAUUCAAAUAUUUACAUGUAACAUUUGUCUGUGGGUUUGUAGCACUAGAUCUAUGUUAAAAUAUCUGCUGACUUUUGUAUUUAUACAUGACAUACUCAUUUCUUUUUCUGUUGGUCUCUUUGUAUUAAUAUAAACCUGCUGUGUAUAUAUAUAUAGUCCUACUUUUUAAUGCACUGUAAGAAUUAAUAAAUUAUUUGUUUGA